AUCCAUGCUAUUUGACAUUUCCAUCAAUGUCUUAGAUAAAAGGAUAAACUAAGAAGGAUAACUAAUCUACUGCAUGAUACAAAUAAAUCUCAGCAAGUUAGGAGAUUAGGCCAAAUUAAGAUGAAGAUAACAGGACUUGUAUGAUUUAUAGCUGGGUUAAAGAAAAACUAACUUUAUAAGUACACGAUGAAGCCAGUGCGACUAAAUAGAAGUUUUUCUAGAAAACUUCUUUAGGAUUUAAUUCCUCAGUAUCUUUAACUCCUAUGAUUUUCACUCCUUCAAACUGUGCAUAAGAAGAGUCAUGUCCUUGAUCUCAUCAUCUACCUUCUACCAUUGUUCCACUUUUAUGAUUAAGAGUUAUAAAAUUCCUUUGACUGACCAUAUCUACCUAUUAGAUCCCUGGCUUGGUUCAAAUUCUUCCUUUAAAUGCUUACUCCUUGUGUGACCUUAGGCCAGCCUUUAAACUCUUUGGACCUGUUUCAGAUCUAUCAAAUUAGGGUUAACACAAGACAGCCUCUGAAGUUCUUUUGAAGGUAUGUUAUUGUCCUCUUGAAUUUGUCCCCUUGUCCUAUUUGUCACUGUUUUGGCUUACUGGGAUCAUUCACACUGAUUGUCUUAGUACUACUUACAUGCAGGUUGCUAAAUGGUGCUAGAGGAAGGUAUACAACAAAGUUGAUGUAAUAGACUAUAAAUUUAUUAUCUAAUCUCACUUGGCCCAUCACUGUAAUAGGGUAAUCUUUUUACUGAUUCUCUUUAGAUGCAUUAUUUAGUUCUAACAUUUUAAAAUUCUGAGUUUCAAAUUCUCUCCCUCCCAACCACUUCUUUCCCACCCAUUGAGAAGGUAAAUGGUAUAUCAAUUAUACAUGUGAAAUCAUGCAAACCAUAUUUUCAUAUUAGCUCUAUCAGGGAAAAAAAGUUUAAAAAAUUGAGAAAGUUACACUUCAAUUUGUACUCAGAGUUUUUCAAUUCCUUCUUUGGAAGUAGCAUUUUUUUUUCAUCAGGAGGCCUUUCUAACUAUCUUGGAUCACCAAAUUCAUCAAAAGCAAACAAGUUUUUCACAGUUGAUCUUUGUUACAAGAAUGUAGUUAAACUGUACAAUGAUCUGCUUCUCAAAUCACUUUGCAUCAGUUUAUACAGAUCAUGUUUCUUAUGAAACCAUUUGCCUCAUCAUUUCUUAUAGCACAAUAGCAUUCUAGUAAUUGAUGGUCAUUCCUUCAAAUUCCAAUUCUUUGUCAUCAUAAAAAACCCUGCUUAUAAUUACUUUUGUGUCUAUAUACAUAUAUAACAAAUAAUAUGCAUAUAUUUUUAACCUUUACCUCAUGUCUUAGUCAGUACUAAGUAUUGGUUCCAAGGCAGGCGAGGUAAAGAUUAGGAAAUUGGGGUGAAGUGACUUGCCCAGAAUCACGCAGCUGGGAAGCGUCUGAGGUAACAGGAUCUCCUGACUCUAGGCCUAGCUCUCCAUCCACUUCUUGCUUCCCUCCCAAACAGUGGCCUGGUCAAUUCCUACCUUCCUAAUUUUAUAUUUUACGCCUUACGUUUUUACAUUCUAUAAUCCACCUACACGGCCCUCCCUGCUAUUCCUCAUACACACUACACUCAGUCUGAAUAAAACCGGAAUAAAUUCAGUGGGGAAGCGACCAAGAGGUAAGUAAAAUGUGUCAGGCUGAAGACUUUUAUUAGAACAAGCAGAAUGGGGCUGUAGAUUUCUAGCCGGGAGUUGCCAAAGCAAGAGAAACUUUUAGGGAAACCAGUCUUAUUAAAAAAAAAAUAGGAACUGUUGAUGGCUGUGAUGGUAAGAAUCUUAGUUAAGUGGAGCCUAAGAUGUUACCUACAUCAAAUAUCGUUUGCUGGUUCUGAGCUUCUUUUCGCUUCUCAAAGAAUCUUUCAUCCUCUUCAGCAAAAAGGGAUAUCACGAGUCCAGUGAAGAACUAGUAUCUCCUGCCUACAGCUCCGUGACUCCAGCCUACAGGGGAAAAGACAGGAUGUGACGUUUACGCUCUUCUAACUUCCGUGACCUCCGUAGCCUUCCUACGCCAUACCCGGCUUGGUGGUGAGGGGGUAGGCGGUUCCUCCCAGACAUUUAGUGAGAAACCAGAAGUACGUCACAGUUCAGAGGUCAACGGGAACUGUCAUGGCAGCGUUGUGGUGGAACCGUGUGGUGGCCGCUCAGGGUCGUUUCUCGCGCCCGCAUUUCUUAGCUCGUCGAUGUCACAGUGUCGGUGCCAGCACGGAGAGUGGAGGCGGGAGUCCUACCCCGGAGGAGCCGGGAAAACGGCUGGGCGGCUUUGCGAGCGCUUUGGAACGUCACUCGAAGUUGCAGCAGGAGGCGGAGCCGCAGCAGGAUUCUCCAAAGAAUGUGAAAUCCUUUGCAUCUCUGUUAAGACAUUCUCCUCUAACUCAGAUGGGACCUGCCAAAGAUAAAAUCGUCUUUGGACAAAUCUUCCAUGUUGUCGAAAAUGACCUUUAUAUCGAUUUUGGUGGCAAGUUUCAUUGUGUAUGCAAAAGACCAGAAUCAGAUGGAGAAAAAUAUCAGAAAGGAACCAGGGUACGCCUUCGGCUGCUGGAUCUUGAGCUCACAUCCAGAUUCCUGGGAGCAAAAACAGAUACAACUUUACUAGAAGCUGAUGCUGUGCUCUUGGGACUCCAGGAUGCCAGGGAUACUAAGUCAAAGGAAACAAGUUCAAAAGAUGCAUAAACUUUGAUGAUGUCAAGGCUCUAGAGACCAUUUAUUAAAAUCAGAUGUUCAUCAAAUAUGUAAUUAGUAUAACACACUGUGAAUGAAGAAGUGAAUAUAAGAUGGAAAUCUCAAUAAAUAAAAGCUGUACUUGCAA